AUGCGUGGCGGUCUCUCUCUGAUCCUUGCUCUCUCUACAUGCCUAUCCAUAACAGCUGCUCUCCCUCAGCCCGCGCUGGUUCUCCGAGGGUCACCGGUGAACGACCACAAGAAACCUAAAUACUCUGUCGUGCCGCUCGAGCCAGGAGAGGGAGAUCCGCCGGGCGGUGGGGGAGGAGGAGGCGGAGGAGGCGGUGGUGGUGGUACCGUCACGGUGAUUGAGACUGUUGUCGAGACCAAAACUCCUGCUAAGACGGUCACCGAGACGGCCAAGGCCUCUACGAUCACCCGCACGGUACCGACGACGGUGUCGAUUGUCGACAUCACGGCAGACCAAAACCACUGCGUCGACGACAGUCACCACCCGACCGCCUGUGACGAGCAAGACCUCGAAGACAACUUCUACCUCGAAGGCUACCACUUCCAAGGCUGUUACUACAUUAUCUCGAAGCACCUUGAAAACAACGUCGUCGACUUCGGCGCCGCAAAGCAGCUCUUAUCGAACCACUUCCUCGGCGUCUCAGACGACGAGCACGUCCAGUACAACUGCAUCUGGUGUGACUACCACGCCAAUAAUAUACCCAAUCCCAACUCUUCCACCGCCAACCAACUCUACGAUAUCGCGGCCCAGCUCCACGACAUUGCCGUCAAGCUCCACGACAUCGCAGUCCAGCUCCACGACAUCGCAGUCCAGCUCCACGACAUCGCAAUCUAG